AUGAAGCCGGGCGCUUCAAUCUUUGGUCUCGCAUUGAUCGCUUCUUCAAAUUCACAACAUAAGAUUAAGCCCGAGGUUCAAGAACACCACAGUAGCGCAGACAGAAUGCCCCAUUUAUUACCACCCGUAACUGCGCACCUUUUUGCGUCGAUUGCAGCCUUCUUGACUGCGGUUAUUGGUCUCUACACGUUCUACUAUCGCAAUAUUCAUCCUUUGGCAAGAUUCCCUGGCCCUUUUCUCGCGUCAAUUACAAACUUCUGGAGACUCCGGGAACUAUGGAGCUUGCACCUACCCGACACUCUCGUCGCGCUGCACGAGAAGUACGGUGAUGUAGUCCGCGUUGACCCCAAUAUGCUUUCUUUCAGACAAGGAAGUGCCAUUCCCAGGAUUUACAAGGCCGGCCGAACCUUGGCUAAGACCAAGUUCUAUGACGGGUUCAAUUCAUUCAAUCCCAACUUGUUUGGAACUCAAGAUGAAGAGAUUCCGAUCCCAUGGCUGCAAGUUCUCCAAAACCCGGCUGUGCAUGAAAGAGUGGUUGAAGAAGUGGACGUAGUUGUUGAGAACGUUGGCUCAGCCAUCGUACCGAUCAAGGACCUGGAAACAAAGCUUCCCUAUGUCAUGGCAUGUCUAGAUGAAAAUUUCCGGAUGAACUCUGUUUUCACCAUGCCAUUGGAGCGAAAGGUGACUGCUACGGAAGGGUUCGAAAUUGAGGGUCACGUAGUUCCCAAAGGCACCGGUCUUUUCAGCCUGAACCACGUCGUCCAUCAUAAUCCUGUUAUUUGGGGCAAGGACCACAAUGUGUUUGACCCUUCUAGAUUUUAUGAUGAAGAGGGCGAGAAGCUCCAGCGUUUCCUAAGCCCCUUUAGCAUGGUCAUCGCAUGUGUAUCGGACGAAAUAUGGCCAUGA